CCAUGGAACAACUAGGUCAAAAAGGGCAUAAUUAGAGUUAAAGACAUCCGGGAUUCAGACAACAAGGAUUGGAAAACAGAGGUACAGAUGAGGAUGUUACUGAAACAUUAUCACAACAUAGAAAAGAACUUGGAAAAUCUGAUCUUCGCAAUCCCCCUGGAUUGGGUGCGCCUCCUUCGUAAAGGACCGAGGCUGGUAGAAAGAGACUUGGUAUCCGCUCCCGGGGAACCGGAGAGUGUUGGCAGCGUUGUGAUGGUACGGACGAACGAAAGGCUGAUUAACCUCUUUCACAAAGAGAAAGACAAUAGGCUAACCAGAUGCACCCCGGACGUAACGAGAUGGUGUCGGAAUAUUGAUUUGUACAAGAUCCGGGUGAUACGUGAUAAGGAUGAUUGGAUAACAUUCCAGCCGGAGACCAGAAUUGCAGAUCUUGACCCUGAGGAAUGGCAGUGGCCCCCCACGCGCAGAACCCAGGAAACAAAGAAUGUAAAGUUGUACAGCCUAACGGUGAAGACCACCUACCGUUUACUGCGCCCCAAGGUCGUGCAGGAUGCUGUCAGCCUUUCUGGCUCGUAUGGUGACGCCUUUGACUCAGACGAUGACGAUAUCUCGUUCUCGAACAGACGACUUGAGGAUGUCCGCAAAGCUCUGGCUUUGUCGUCUGCCACCAGAUCUUUCCGGAGCCAGGACAUAUCGGUUGCCAGAUGGAUAGAGAACGAGCGCUUCGCUGAAAUGUUGGUGAAGAAGGGGAAAUUAUGGGCCACCAUGGGAGUUCACCGGCGAGGGAGGACGCUACUUCAUGUGGAGGAGGCUGUGUUUCUUUUAGAGAGAGGGAGCCUUCUCUUGGUGAUUGGUGGCAAUACUGCAGCCUCUGUGCAGCAGGGGUACGAGCUUCUAGCGUUACAGCAGUUUCCAGUGGACGCAUACCAGGUUUACGCCCAUCUUCGGCGCCUGGGCUACAUCCUGGGGAGGACUGGCGUACCAUGGAUAUGCAGUGCAAAAAAUGAGAGCAUGAAGCGAAAGCAGCUCAGCAUUGAAGAACAACAAUCAAUUGUAUCCCAUGAAAGCCAGUCGCAAAUUGAAAGAGAAACAGGAUCAACAGCCAGUUUGUGUCCGCACGGUGGGUGUGGUGAUGAUGGACAUUUGCAUGACAAGGAGGCAAAGAGUUCAUCUGUCGCCAAUGCUUGCCGCAAAAGCGGGAGUACAUGUGCAGAGGAAGCGUCUCACUUCACUCUUGCUGACGUGGUUGGAGGGGUGCCUAGGGGAAACACAGGUCCUCGGGAACAGUCAAUCAGUGCAUUAAGAAUGGUAUCCGUAUCGGGGGAACCAUUUCAAUCUCAGUCUCAAGAACAAAAGGAUGACCUCAGACGAAUGGGCGUGGAGAGCAGGGGGCAUCGGCUGCCAAUUGUGUGCAACGGUAAUUAUCGUGCGACCUUGACGACUACUGGAAGAACUGGUCUGCUUAAUGCAGAACCAACACUGCCCCCUACCGUGCUGUCUGGAUCAUCGGGCUUAACAGAACUACCACCACCUCAGCAAGCUGAUAGGGUCCGUCACCCAGUUGCAGAUCCAGGAGAGUACCUUCCCGUCGACAAAGGCAAGGUGGUCGAAAAAGUUGUGUCUUCACCUUCCUUACCAACAAAUGUUAUGCAUCCGCUCCAUGCGUUGUCGUUGCCGCCCUUGAGAGCAGCUCGACUCACUCCUUAUCCUAGCCGUUAUGUUUUAGGAAACAUUCUCGAAACAGCUAACGUCAAAGAGGAGCAGAUUGCAAAUUCGGCUGAAUCGGAUGGUCCUCCAACUGAAGCCCUUUCAUGGAAGGAGAGUGGUCAGAUCGGACACAGGAGUGCAUCCAUUGCCACUGACAUGGAAAAGAAGACGAAGGAAUUACGUCCGCUCUACGAUGUGUAUUUGCCAAACAGCAAAUUCAGCAAGAAAAAACCUGGCAUGCCCAUUUUCAGGCUCUGCAUUACCAGUGAUCGGCCUCCAACACACAUGGAGAUGCAUUCAAUGCAGGAGGUCAACAACGGAGGGAUUCCUUUGAAAUAUGCACUCGUUGACACGUCGGGAAGCCUGGCAGUCAAGGCUGCACAGCUACAGGCUGAUGAAGCGGCAACAGCAGAGAAGCUGCGGCUACAGGCCGAAGCAGACACAGAUGCCCAGGCUCGCCGCAAGGAAGCCCAGGCUCUGCUGCAGCGGCAUGAAGCCAGCAGCAUUGAGAAACUCAAGUACUGGCAUUUUGAACCAAACGGCGACGAGCCAACACCGGAAGAGCAGCAUAAGGAGUUCAUGGCCAAGCUCGUGAGCAGGUUGGUUUACACAUGUAACCACCUACAGUCCGAGCUGGCAAACCUCCAGCGGGCCGUGCGGAAGCAAAAGACUCAGCACGAGGAUGCCACACGGGCACUGGACGCCCGUGUACAUGACUUGGAACAAGUUCCACCAAGACAAGAUGCUGGAGCUUCCAGCAGUGCAUCCUCUAGCCGCCAACUGGAGGAACGCGUUGACCACGUAGUGGCAAUGCUCGGCGACAUCAGCAACUUCGCUGCGCCGACCACCGUCAGCAGUCAGUUGCAUACCUUGAAGACCGAGUUCCAGCAGAUGCAGUCGACGAACGCGGAUGAUAAUCCGAAGAUGUACAAGAUGCCAACUUUCCAACUGGACAAGUUCGACGACUACACACAGCAGGAUCCGGUCCUCUGGUGGGAAGCAUUCACAACGCAACUCAGGAUUCUACCUGUCACCAAGCACGCGUACAUCGGCACCCGGUUCCUGAACUCAAAGGGUGGAUGCCAGACCUGGUUGAGCCACCUGGCAACCUCUCAUGGCGUCGACGUACCGGACUUGAAGGAUAAAAUCACAUGGGAGGAACUGACAUGGCUGUGGAAGAAGCGGUUCAUCGUCGACGACGCGCCGACUCUUGCCAUCAACCGUCUGUUCACCAUGUCACAGGGCAACACUGCAACACGGGAUUGGCUCACGGAGUGGCAGAAGAUUGUGGCGGUGCCCAAUCUGGAAUUGGCAUUCACGCAUCUACGCCGUGAGUCUUACAACAGGUCCUGUGCUGCAUUGAGCCAGGCUCUUGGUGAUCGUGAGCAGUACUCAACCUUUGCCGAGAUUAUUGACAAAGCAAGGGAGAUCAUCAAGACCAACAGGUCAGCUGCACACGAGAAGUCACCAUGGCAGCCCACCUAUGUGGUGAAGGUACGAACUGGUCCGCGACAGCAGCACUUCGCUGCAGUCCAGCAGGACAGUGGAGAUAACCCAGCAGCCACUCCAGCAUCAAGUGACGGAGAUCAGGUGGCUGUUGUCCAGCCGCGAAGCAACAACAAGUCCCGCAACAAUGGGAAGGCGAAAUCCGCAUUGCAGGUCGGAAAUGGACAGCCAGUACAAGUUCCAUGGGUCAAGUUUGGAUUGACCGAGGCGGAGUACAAGGUCCGCGGCCGCUACAGCAACUGCUAUUGGUGCAACAGCACCAAGCACAAGACCUCCCUGUGCCAAGAUCAGGGCAAGGAGGAUGUGCGACCCCGCCUCAGCUCGGGAAACUGAGCUCCACGGAAGAUCGGAGAGGCGACCUGCAGUGUCUUGAUCGAUUGCGGAACAUCU